UUCGUUUAUGAGACGGUCUAUAACUCUGGACCCGUGACCGUCGUCAAGAAGAAGGGGACGGACGGCAGCGUCUCCGCCUGCGUCUUCGCGGCGUCCACAAACUGGCCAACAUGGUUUUCAAGGGCAAGUCCAAGGAGGACACCACCUUCACUGUCCCAGACAAGUCCACCUUCGCCUUCAGCCUGGUGGAGGUGCUGCUGCGGGACGGGGCCAUGGAAAUCGCUUUGGAGAGCUGGUCUCACAAACGGAGAGGUCUGAGCCACGAUGCGGUGAACUCUGACCCGAUGGACCUAGCCAGAGACGGGAUCGAGAUGAAGGAGGUUCUUCUGCGGCCGCUGGAGGAACUUCCUGUGUCGACUCGCCGCCACCUGCUGAGAGGCCUCCAGGACGUCCUGCAGGAAGACGAGGCGCUGAGUGUCCUGGAGGAAACGCUGGACCAGAGCAGCAAAGGACAGCCAGAGCGUCCCCCGUCCAAGGUCGUUUCGUCCUUCAUGGACGUCUUGGAUGAGUCCAAAGUCUCCUCCAAAGUGAGGGACGCUGUCCAUCUCCUGGUCUGCGCCAUGGACGGUCUGCCAGAGCUCGAGGUGCGACCUUUGACCUCCUGUGCUCCUGAAACUCUGACUGUCCUCGUCCAGCUGGUGGACAGUCUGAAGGACGGAGAUGAGCCCAGUCUCCCUGCAUGUCCCCCUGUCCCCCUGCAGCAGGACGGGGGGCUGCGCUGGGCGGCGGAUGUCCUCUGUGGGUCCAGUGAGACGCUGGCGGAGCUGAGUGCGGCGUGGGACCGGCGUCCCGAGGUUCUGCUGGAGGUUCUGGCUCUGGCCGUGUUGGGAGUCCACAGGCUGCAGGGUGAAGAGUGAAGAGCAUCGAUUGAGGACAAGCUGAGCUGCAAAGACACGACAUCCUGAUGUGUUCAAGCUGAAAUUAAAAUUCUGUGCUUUAAAGUCAAA